GUACGAAACGAGGGGGCGGACGCGGGAGGAGGCGUCGGAUUGCCACGUCGGAUUGCGUGUAAAAAAAGGGAAAAAAAAAACCUAACUCGGACUAAGUUUGCUACUUGAUUGAGUGUAUGAGACUGUGUGAGUGAGUGAGUAAGUGAGUGUGUAUGUGUAUUAGGAAAAUAAACACAAACAACAACAACCUUCUUAAUACCCGGAACCGUUACUCGAGCGCGUGACUCUCGCUUUUUUUUUCUCCCCACGCCGAAGAACAUCUGAUCGUUAUUAGACACACCACCGCGAGUGGGUUUUUUUUUGUGUUGGCUGUGGACCCGAUGCUGCACUCCGGCUGACUGAUGCGUCCAAUCCAUCCGCUCGGAAUUGAUGCUGGCCGGGCAACAGUGGGGGAGGAGGCCGUGAGGACGUUGGAGACGGGAGCUGCUGGGACUGCGCUGGUGGUGGUGGUGCUGGUGGUCGGCACCGUGCGAGCCGGAUAUGCCCGGAGGUCGCAGGGGUCCGAGUAGACAGCAGCUGAGCCGCUCGGCGUUGCCGUCCCUGCAAACUUUGGUGGGGGGCAGCCUCAGCAACGGCACAGGCCACAGGAGCAGGAGCAGUAAUUCAUCGGGUCUGUCGGCUCCCCCGCUCACGACCCUGAUUACGCCCGAACCGGUGCGCCACUGCCGCAUUCCCGAGCUUCCCCUGGACAGCAGCUUGCUUUUCGAGUUUCUGCUCUUCCUCUACCUGCUGGUGGCCCUCUUUGUGCAGUAUAUAAACAUCUACAGGACGGUGUGGUGGUAUCCUCACAUCCACCCCGCUGCCUCUACCUCGCUGAACUUUUAUCUGAUAGACUACCACCUGGCUAUCUUCAUCACCGUGAUGCUGGCCAGAAGACUAGUAUGGACCAUUGUCUCUGAGGCCUCCCAGGCGAGCCCGUCUUCAUUCGUGCAGUAUGUGCUGCUGAUCGUGGCCCGGCUCAGCCUUCUCACACUGUGUGGCUGGAUUCUCUGCUGGACCCUUGUUAACCUCUUCAAGACCCACUCGGUGCUUAACCUGCUCUUCUUGGGCUACCCGUUUGGCGUCUACGUGCCGCUCUGUUGCUUUCACCAAGAGGGCCGAAGCCAGCAAACCGCGCCAGACUGCUCGUUCCCGGAGCAGGAUGGAGCAGACAGCUCCCUGCAGCGACCCAAAGACUUCUUAGCGCUCGUGCGUGAGAAUCUACGCGAGCAGUUCUUCAGCCCCGCCCACGUCCCCGCCCACACGUGCCCGCCCUCUCCGGAGCUCAUACGCAGCGAGGUGGAGGAACUCAAGAGCGACUUCAACCGUCGCAUCAAAGAGGUGCUGUUCAAUUCGCUGUUCAGUGCCUACUACGUGGCCUUCUUACCCCUCUGUUUCGUCCAGAAAACGCAGUACUACGAUAUGCGCUGGUCAUGUGAGCACUUGAUCAUGGUGUGGAUCAAUGCGUUCGUAAUGCUGAUGAGUCAGUUGCUCCCUCCGAGCUACUGCGACCUGCUGCACCGCUCAGCUGCACAUCUGGGCCGCUGGCAGAGGCUCGAGCAUGGCUCCUACAGCAACGCACCACAACACACGUGGUCAGAGAACACAAUCUGGCCUCAGGGUGUGUUAGUGAGACACAGUCGCUGUCUUUACAAGGCCGUAGGGCCAUAUAACGUGGCCUUGCCCUCUGACGUCUCACACGCCAGAUUUUAUUUCCUGUUCCAUAAGCCAUUGCGGAUCCUGAACCUUCUGAUCGGGAUCGAGUCGAGCGUGGUUCUCUACCAGCUGUACUCACUGCUGCGCUCCGAGCGCUGGAACCACACGCUCUCGCUAGGCCUCAUUCUCUUCUGCAACUACUACGUGCUGUUUAAGCUGCUGCGGGACCGCAUCGUGCUGGGCAAAGCCUACUCGUACCCUCUGAACAGCAACGGCAUGGGCCUCAAGUCCCAGUGACGUGUGCUCUGUUCAGGGGCGUUUUAUCAAAUGACUGUGAACUCCAGCUGGUAUUUCUUUUGAUACGGUUCUAUUUUUUCCUGCAACUGUUUCUAUCUAUUUAAGAAAAUAUUUUAUUUUGUAUACUGUUACAUGAACGAACGCAAAAGGGCAUUACGUUUGCAUGACGUGAUGUCGUUUCUUCCCCACUAUGGAAAAAGUUUUUGGAAAAAAUGAAAUGGUGGGGGGGAAAAAAAAUAGGCGCAGACGAAGAGAAGCGUCCAUGCUUUAUUUUUUUUGUUUAGUUUUUUUUUACUAUUAUUUUAAAGCACGUGUCCCACACAACAUCCAGUUUUUUGCCAAAGAUGCUCUUAAAACCCCACCCCCCCACCCCACCUAUCUGGUCAUGAGUGGAGUUCAGCUGUCUGCUCUCGACGCAGAGGUCUGCGAAGUCGAUAAAAUUCAAUCAUGUAUAGUGAAUGCUGUAUUACUUCUCUUCAUUGCAUUACUGUAUUUUAUGAUGAUUAACCGUUAAUAGCGUGAUAUCGGUGCAUAAUUAUUAUUUUUUUUUUUUCUUUUUUCCUGCCGCCACAGCAUUUUUGAAGCUUAGUAGAUACCACUUUUUGUUUCCUGUUUAUUUAUGCUCAUCUCUGUGCCAAAUCCCAGGAUGCUAUUGGAGCCUUCCAUUGCCAUUAUUUCCAACAUGGCUUAUGGCUGUGGCUGCAUAGCUGCUUGGUGAGGGGCCAUAGUCUGUUAAUCUUGCAGUAUUCGACACAAUGCAGCAUUAUUUCAGAAUGCCAUGGAAUCCAGAAUAAAACAAGAAAACGUC